CGCCCAGCAGCACAUAACAGACAACUAAACAAUUAGAUGCUCCGGGACCCCAAAGCAGAGGCGCUCCAAGGUCGCCGUGGUGACAGCAACGCCGUUAAGUGGUCUAAAAUUAGAAUGAUUCCUUCCUCCGGUUUUUCGUUUACACUCACUGUUCCUCCUUAAUACAAUGCUUAAAACACCAACCAGGCGGGGGGGGGGGGGGGGUAAUAAUGCAACAUCUCAGUUCCAGUUUCAGUGAAAGGAAAAAGCUAGAAGCAAGAAGAGAACGCAGCUGCUAAGCUGACUUCCGCAUCUCACUCACCGAAAAAGCCAAAAGAAGAGUUCAAAGAUCCUCCACUUACACGCCAUCAUGUUUUUUUUUUUUUUUUUUUAGCACUCACGAUAUCAUUACGCUGUUAGAAAUGCAUCAUUCCUGCGUAAAACAAAUGGCUUCUCCCUCACAGACUCCAGCAGCGCUUCUCUUCGCAUGGAUAUGCGGUCCAUGAGAGGCAGCGGGACUGAAUGUUCUGGUGGAAGCCGCUCCAGCGGCUUUUAUUGAGCAUGAGUCCCACAGAAAGAAUAAAUUCACUCAUUUUGGCUCCUGCGAGUUGAAGAGGUUUAAGAGGCUCUGGCUCGGCCUCCGGGCCUGGAAAUGAAGGAGACUGAAAGCGCUUUGAGAAAUGCAGCUGUUCGUGGCGCCAAAUGGAGACUGGCAGCAGUUUAGGACUUAAAUUAGUUUUGGCUCCAGCAGCUGAUUCCUAGAAUGGAGAGACUGGAGGAGAACCAGAGGCGGAGCCAAACCACCCGCUCUGUGUCACAAUGAUUCUUCAUGCAGGAAAACACUAGAACCUUUUUUUUUUUUUUUAUCUGAAAAUAUAAUUAUAAAACCCCUGAAAGUCUAAUAAUGAAGUCGUUGACCAUCAUACACACGGUGUGUUUUACUUUUGAGUCGGUUGCCAGCCGCGUGGAUCAAAUUCACUGAGCAUUAGAUCAUAGAUUUUAGAAUAAUGGGGUCAGCUACAGCAGCAGCUGUCUCUGUGUCUGUGUCUGAGUUGGGGGAGGGCGUCCGAGGGGAGAGAGAGAGAGAGAGAGAGUGUUGGAUCUGUAUAAACCAUGUGUUCUCCUGCACGCCUGACAGUGAUAAAGUAGCAAGGCUCCCGGAGUAGAGCUGGAGGGCCUUUACAAGACAAAAGAAGAGGAAAACACCUUCAUUUUCUAAAACUAGACGAGGUGUCAUCGAGGAGCAGAUCGAACAUGGGUGCCCGGACUGAGAACUCCUCCUCAGAGGGCUUCUCACCAGAGAUCACCUUGGGGAAGUUACGCGAGAUGGCCGCACAGGUGAUACUGUUGGGGGAACUGCUCCUCGGGCUCCUGGACGGCGCUCUGGUGUUUGUUACCAACUCGCUGGCGGGGAUUUUAGGAAGCAGCUCGCUCAGACGCCAUUUCCACCUGAUGCUGUCCUCUCUGGUCCUGUUCGGUCCUCUGCUGAACAUCUGGGUGUCAAAGUACAGCAUCUUCUCCAACGGCAACCACUACCUGUACAGGAAGUUCUUGAAGUCCACUUGGGGUUGGACCUGCGUCCUCACGAGUUCCUUCAUCCUUCUCCUCUCCAUCUCAGCCCGCCACCCCCCUUCUCUCCUCCUCCGCCACCUCUCUCGGAUGGGGGCGGUCGGGUUGCUCUGGUGGUGCUGUCGGCGUCUCCUGACCUUGCUGGAGGACGCGUCGGGAACCUGCUACGAACCCAUGACCCCCAGCCAGGAGGUUCCAGGCCCCGCCUCCUCCGCCCAGCCCCUGCUGCUCCUGCACGAAGACCAGACCAGAGCCUCGUGCCUCAGCGCCAACAUGGUGUGGAGAGGUCACGAAAUAUCCCAGGACGUCCUGGUGGUCAGCUUGUGCUGCCUGCUGCUUGUGGAGGAGAUGUCCGUCUUCGGUCUUCACCUGGCCCAAGCCAAGGCUCUGCGGAGGCCGCCCGGCGCCCCCCUCCGCUUCAUCUUCCUCCUGUGUGUACUUCUGCUCGCCGUUUGGAUCUUCCUGCUGAUGUGCCUGCUCGCAUACUUCCCCAAGUUCCCCUCCCAGCAUCUGGGAGGAGCUCUGGGCUACCUGGUAUGGAGGGGACUCUACCAAGGGUGGUUCAGACUCAAAGCCAGCCCCGGUUUGCCGGCAGAGGGACCGUUCACCAAGCAGCCUCAGUAAUGUGAAACCUUCAGUAGAUAACGUUUGGGUGGGAGUGGUUGUGAUCUUAUAAGCUCAGACUCAAAGCUGUGGAGUCAGAAGGGCUCCUGAUUGGCGGGGGGGGGGGGAACCUGUAUGACAACACUAUGUACCUGUGGCAUCACAUGGAUGGAAUGACACAUUCCAUUGGACAGAAAAAAAGAAAGAAAACAAGUUUUGGAGUUGU